AGGAGUGGAUGAGCCUGAGCCGACUAGUCAGUCUCUCCCCACAAGGAACACUCUUGUCGGAGGUGAUACCACCCUCCUCCUGGCUGAAAAAACAACAGAACCCUCCGCUUCCGACUGGAAACAGGAGCCGGUGUCCGGAGCAGGAUGUAUCGAUCUGUUUGCUUGUAGCGCUCCUCCAGCGGAUCCUCCAUGCGCCAGGGAAUGGAUCCGGAAUCCGGUGCGGCGUCUGCGGGGAGUUUCAUCUCCCUGAAUGAACAUGAGCAGAGGUAUUACUCAGGUCUCCACAGCCUGUGCCAAGCUGACACUGCAGGACAACUGUCGUCCGGCAAAGUGGCGGAGCUGUUCAAGGCGUCUCAGCUACCUCCUGAAGCCCUGCAUAAAGUGACCGAGGUGUGUGGAGCAAAGCGUCUGGGCUACUUUGGUACACCUCAGUUCUACGUGGCCCUAAAGCUGCUGGCAGCCGCCCAGUCUGGUCUGCCCAUCCACCUGGAGAGCGUAACGGCCAAUCUACCUCUGCCUAGAUUUCUUGGACUGAAGAAUGAACCAGAGAUGCGAUACUCAGCCGUCCCUCCGAGCAUAGACAGUCAGGGGGCUCAGUGCGGGACUGCACCUGGUUCCCUCUCCUGGACUCCAGCUGACCGAAGCGCAUUCAGAUACCUGGAAGCCAAUGUGGAGAAGAAGGAACCUUGGUCCCCACCACGAUCACCGUGCAGUUCACCGUCUCGCUCUCCACUGACCUACCGCAGCUACCUGUACACCAAGCAGAGGAACGGGGCCGACUCUCAGAUCGCCUAUGAAUGCAAACAUUCCUCGCGGCUAGAGCAACACUCCUCGCCCAGUAACUACGGGACCAAAGCCACUGUGGAGCAUCCUGCUAUGGCUCGGGCUUCUUCAUCUGAGAGGCUGGAUCAGCAGGGCGUAGUGGACUAUUCUGACGAUGACCCCUGGAGGAUCACAGAGGAACAGCUGGAGUAUUACACCAAUCAAUUUAAGAGCCUGCAGCCUGACCUGGGGGCUCUCAUCCUGGGAGCCAUUGCAAAGAACUUCUUCACAAAAUCCAAGCUCCCAAUACCAGAGCUUUCCCACAUUUGGGAGUUGAGUGAUGUGGACAGAGAUGGAGCUCUCACUUUCCCUGAGUUCUGCACAGCCUUUCAUUUGAUUGUGGCGCGCAAGAACGGGUACCCUCUCCCAGAGAGCCUUCCUCCAACCCUGCAACCAGGGUUCAUGCAGCAGGAAGAGGACAUACCGGAUACUCCUGAAAGUGCAGAGCCUCUUAUUGUCUUUGAGGAUACUGAACUGAGGCCCAAUCGGCUGGAUCGGACCAUUAUAGAGAGGCUCCAGCCAAGCCUGGCCACAACAAAGCAAGAUUUGAAAGAGGAAUCAUGUAAACAAGAUGUAGGUGUGAAGAGGGUGACAUCCCAAGAGAAACAAACUCUACAACGUGCUUUUCCUGAGAGGCCAGAGCCACCUCACGACCUGGACCCACAGAUGAGGACAAAAACUAGACCGAGGUCAUACUCCAGCACUUCUUUUGAAGAUGCGAUGAAGAAAGCCGAAGAGCCUCCCACCCCUCCACCUAGACCCCAGAAGACCCACUCCAGAGCCUCCUCACUGGAUCUCAACAAGCUGUUCCAGCAAGGCGCUCCAGGGGUUAAAAGCGGAUGGUUGCCACCUCCUCCAGCCCUCCCUCCGAGACCAACAACAUCACAGGUUCCUCAUUUUAUCAGCGUUUCAGAGAAAACUCCCCAGAAUAAAGUGCAGCAGCCAAACUUUGCUGACUUCAGCCACUUUAGAGAAGAGGAGGAGAGCAGUGUGAAACCUGAGGAACAGGGUCUGCGCUCAAGAUUUGGUCGAAGUACUGAAGACUUGACAAAUGCGUCAAAACAGGACAUGAUUGGAGUUUCUCACACUCAGGCGCCACAGAAGCCGGUCCGCAGGAAAUACCACCCAGAGAGCCAGAACCUGGAGGCCGUACCUCCACCUGCCAUGCCAUUUGCUACCCCUGCCAAACCUGCUCAAAAGCUGCUGUCCGGACAGAAGAGGGAGAUCCAGAUGGCGAUCCGUAAAAACAAGGAAACCAACGCAGUGUUGACACGCCUCAAUAGCGAGCUCCAACAGCAACUCAAGGUGGUUCACCAGGAGAGGGUCACCUUGGAGUCCCAGCUGGAGCUCCUGCGGCCCGUGGCGUCAACGUGACUGAAGUCUGGUUAGAGUCACGUUACCUGCCGUGUGUCACCUACAUACUAUCAAACAUCAAAGUUUGAGCCAAGAUACAGAAAGUUGUUGUCUUUUGUCAUGAAUACAUAAUAAAUGUAAAGGGGUUGACGAUGGGGAUAAACAGGGAUUUCUUUGAUGAACAAUUCCAGCUGUUACUCUGUGUUACUUUUAAUGAUGUUUUGCAGGAUUAAACCAUCCAUUUUUCAAACACUGAAUGAUAUGCACAUGUAAAAUAUCUUGUUAUUCAUUGUGACAUUCUAACUUUUUUUUCCUCUUGAUUUUUCAUGACUCUUACGACGAAAGUACUCUCAGUUUUUCAGUGUGUGGAUGCAGUGCAUUACAUGUGUAUCCAUGUGUGGUCUAAAGCAAGUGAUGGUGCUACAGAUUAGUUUCUGAAUCGGAUUACUUUUUGCACCUUGGUUGAAAAAAAAUGCACAUUUGCGAGGUUGUAUUUAAUGUUUGGAAAUGCCGCAUAAGAUAUGAGGUGGAUUUAAUUUAGCUACUGGUUUCCACCCUGCGCACAAGAUUUGAUUGUCUGCUGCCACAAUGUAGCACUGGCACAUGAGGCUAUCGGGACACUGAGGAAUGUUGACACUGGAUUUGUAUGAAAUAUUUUACUUGAACACCCCAUCUUUAAUGUAAGCACUGUUUUAAUCCCCUUAUGUUUAUUAUCAUAUGAAGAGUUAUGUCUGCACUGCAGCCAUUAAAACCAUCAAAAACCAAACCAGUGUUUGGUCGAGAAAGAAAAUGAAAUUAGCACAAUGUUCUUCUAAUGUUUUGCAAGAUAGAUUUCAAAACAGCUAAUGUGUCUGUACAAGCAGAUGUGGUUUUGAUUUUAUCUAUGCAAAGAUGUGGUGCUUCUUAAGCUUGCUUUAGACCAUUUUUUCCACACAUCCUGAUUGUUCAUGAUGGUAAAUGAAGUGGCUGAUGAUGGCAUGCUUGAUACUGCAUGCUAAGAUGAUGUGAGCAUUGGACUGUAAACCUUAAAUCAUGCACAACUGAGCUCUGGGCUGAAGACAAUAAUCAAACUAAUCAAUAAAUUUGUCUAUUUUUA